AUGGUAUCAACGGCUUGGCGGUUUCCGUUAAGUGCAGACAGAAAGCGGCAGAAAAGCGUGGUGUUGAUGGUGUCGAGUGUUGGUAGAGUUGCCCUCCGGCGAGGAUCAGGGGAGGCUGCAGGUGGUGAUAGGGCCACUGCGGCGGAGAGCUUGAGGAAGGCCGUCUUUUUCCUGAGCACCUCCCUGGCACGAUAG